CCUCACUCACCUCCGUAGCGAUUUCCCCCCUUUCGAUUCGAUUCGAUUCGAUUCGAUUCGAUGGAUCAAACGCCUUCCACUCCGCAACCCACCGACCCGCCGCCGCAAACUACAACCGCCACCUCCUCCGUCACAUCCGCCGCCCCAACAACCACCACCUCCUCCACUUCUUUCACAUCUUCAAACCCCACGCCAUCCCUAAAACCUCCUACCGCCGCACAAUCUAACAAUUCCCAAACAAGGCCGCCGUUUAAUACCCGGCCAUGGCAGCAGCCGCCCUACUCGCACUUCUCUCUCCCCUCCCCGCCCAUGCCUGCUUCUUCCGCCUCAACAUCCUCUUCGAUUUCCGCUCCGCCACAGCCUCGCCCCGGAAUGGCGAUCGGAGUUCCUGCUCAGCGCCCCUCCACUGGCCCCCCUUCGCCUGCCUCAUUCUCUUCACACACUCCUCCCGCUUACGCUCAGCAGCCUCAGAUAAGGCAGCCGGUGCAAGGAAUGGGAAUGACUGGUGCACUGGGCGCCUCGUCUUCAAUGCGACCUGCAGGCGUGUCUUCAAAUCAGCUGAGGCCUUCACAGUCAUCUCUUAGACCGCAAUCGAGCCCAACGAACCAGUCUCCUGCUGCACAGAAUUUUCAAGGACAUGGCAUGCUCAGAGUUUCCUCACUUGGAUCUCCUGGGGUACUGUCACCGAGUAGUUCUCAAAGUCCACAGACCCAGAACCAGCCAUGGCUGUCUUCUGGAACCCAAGGAAAACCUCCUCUACCAACCCCGUCUCUUCGGCCUCAGGCAAGCCCUCAAUCAUUUCAACCGAGAUCCCACAUUACGCAACAGCAUCACCAUCACAUGCCUACCACCCCGCAACAACAGACAAUUGGUUCCAGCCAGCAGUCUCCACAACCCUCAGCCUCAGGCCAGGCACAGGAUCAUUUUAACCAACAAUUUCCUCCCCCCCGAUCCAUUACUCAUCAACAACAGAUGAGCAGGGGACCAGGAAUUGGAACCCAAAGGCCACCUCUUGGCAUGAACGUGUCCGGUGCAUCACACCCUGGAGCCCUCAAUAAACCUGCCAUUGCAGAUACUGAAGAAUCUUCCAACAGGAUUUUAAGUAAACGCAGCAUUCAGGAGAUUGUAAAUCAGAUUGAUCCAUCUGAAAAAUUAGAUCCUGAAGUUGAAGACAUUCUAGUCGACAUUGCUGAGGAUUUUGUGGAAUCAAUUACAACAUUUGGUUGUUUGUUGGCGAAACACCGAAAAUCUUCCACUUUAGAAGCAAAAGACAUACUCCUGCAUCUGGAAAGAAAUUGGAAUAUGGCUCUCCCUGGGUUCGGCGGAGAUGAGAUAAGAAUUUUCAAGAAACCACAUGUCAAUGAGCUACACAGGGAGAGGCUUGCUGCUGUAAAAAAGUCGAUGUCAGCUGCUGAAACAAUAUUCAGUAAGAACACAAGCGGAGCAUCUGGGAGUGCUAAAGGCCAUCUGUCAAAAGGAACUGCCAAUACGAUUAGCUCUCCUCCAAAUGCUAAAAUACGUGAAGCUGCAUGAGAAAUUACCGGAGCCAAAGUUUGUCGUCUGGUCAGUUGGGGCAGAGAUAUUUUGUGCUUGUAACCCUGUGAAUUUGAAAAACAGGAAUAGCAAAUGAACAUGUUAAGAGGAUUGAAAAAAAAAUAUUCUCAGAGGAAGAAAUGUCACUUUGAAGGUAGUAAGGUUUCUUCUUUUUUUUUUGUCUAUUAUGAAAAGAGCAUUUUGUAAAUUUGUAGGCAUAAGAAAUUGUGGGAUUAGGUUUUUAUGUCAAACAUUGGUAAAUUGUCGCCACAGCCACAUGAGAACCCAUACUUAUAUAUUUCUGAUGUGGUUUAUCCAAUAUUUGUCUAGUUUCACGA